AUGGGAAAGAACACUGUUCUAGAGUUGGUUGUUGCCCUCUCCUCGGCCACGCUGGAAAUUGAUAGACUGAAGCGGCAGAGUACAUCUCGGCUGGACUCCCGCACAGCGCAAAUCGAUGACUCCCACGACACAAAUACUCCCGACGGAAGUGCCCUACAAUCACUUCAAUCUCCUCUAGACCUUCAGCCAGAACCAUCUACAGAGUCCGCGGAAAACGAGACAAGUCCAGCAAUCAGUAUCGACCCAUGGUUCGACAGUCUGAAUGUCUUCAGAAGCCCUGUCCUCAUCGGCGAGGCUGCCGACGCCGCUUUUGCGACUCGAUUUCGCCAGGUCAUCACGGACCCGUUAGCUCCCGAGCCUAUCCACCUCAUACGACUGAAUUAUGCCUCCAACGAGUCCAUGAUGUCGCUGGCUCAUGUCAACACACCAUGGCCAGGGCCUUCUCGCGCGAAGUUUCUGCUUGAGGCUGCCAUGAAGUACAUUGGGCGUUCAUAUCACAUAGUGGAAACACAAGCAAUUACAGAAUGUUGGAAGCAGAACAAUCAUGACGCGAGCUUGGAAGCGAUAGUGCUUCGUUGUAGAACUUGGGCCUUGUUUGCUAUCGGGGAGCUCUACGUGUCCAAAUCCACCGGUGUCCACGGUUUCCCUGGAAUGGCAUACUUUGCGCAAGCAUCCAAGGCUUUAGGAUACCUUGAAGAGCGCCCCGAAGUCGAAACCGUUGAGCUUUAUCUUCUUUUGUCUUUCUACUCCAUGGCCCUAAACCGACGAUAUAGUGCGUACGUUUUUGCGGGCACUGCCGUCCGUGUCGCUAUUGUUAUAGGCCUACACCUCAACAUCCCGGAGUCUCAAUUGCCAGACCCCUUGGUUCGCCGACAUCGAAAAAGCCUCUUUUGGACUGCAUAUAUCAUAGACCGACUCUAUGCUGCGAACCUAAAUCACCCGCCGGCAAUUCAAGAUGAUGACAUUGGUGUUGACCUGCCUUGCGAGCCAUCUACUUCGAGCUCGACCGACAGCCAUGCGUCCGAACGCAAGCUGAAGGUACAUGCGCAAACCUCUCAAGCCGCGUACAAGGCUGCCUCAAAGAUCUACAAUCCUGGUUUGAAAUCUUACCUCGGCCGUUACAGAUAG